AUGGUACAAUCAGUGGAAGCGUCGUCCUCAAGAACAAGAUCGCAGGGUACAAGUCUGAACAGAAACUUCCAACGUUCCUUAUCCCCAUCGGGUCGGUUCUGCUCCUCAUCAAUAUCUAAUUCUUGUACAUCGUACGUGUCGACCAUGCCAGAAUCUUUCAUGACCCGGCCUUCUAGCCCGACUCGAGUCAAAAUCUGCAGAUCCGUUUCCCCUUCUCCCACCGUAAGGUUCUCUACCUCACACAGCCACUCAAUCGCAUCUUCACAUAAUCGGUAUGGAAAUCAGGGUGUCCGUGUCCAGCAGUUCAAUUCGGGUCCAAAGAAGACGUGUAUGUGUUCCCCUACGACGCACCCUGGGUCUUUCCGGUGCAGUCUACACAAGAACAACAAUAGAAGCCGUGGGUACACCAGUGAUAGCCAGACGUCGUUUCGGUCGAGUCACCACUUAAAUAUGCGGAGAUCGGCGAUGACGAAUUCUCUGGUUAGAAUCGGAACUGUCGAAGGAGAUUUAGUGAAGAGAGCUCUAGCGGCUUUGAUUCGACCUUCGUCACAUCACCUGCGCCGCCGUGACGAUUUCCAGCCGCGACCGAGCCGACUCUCGAUCAUGUCCAAAGCUCAAGAUUGA